UCCUUCUAGAAAAGUAUAGAUUUGCAGAAGCUGGAUAGAAAAGCAUAAUUAAAUGUGAAAACAACAUCUUAUCCGAAAGUCAUGGGGAUUCAUUCAUGAAAACCCCGAGGAGAAAAGUCAAUCUAUACUUACUGGUAAUUUCUCAGAGCACAUGAUUGCCAUUGACUGACCAUGAGGGAGGUUCUGUAAUGGUGGGGACCCAUUGAAAUCUAUCUAAUUAAAGACUUGUUACCAAUCAACUUGGAGAAAUUUGACAAUUUGUGGCCGUAGCCAUCUCUGCAAUUGUGUUUAUAAAGGUAAGGAACCCUCUUUAUGUUUCAAAGCAGUAGUCUAAUCUGAUCCCUUUCAUCUCCUCCUUUCAAGAAAUUAAACAAGCAAGUAACAGAUCCAAUCCAUACAUCAUCAUCAAUGGCGUUGAAGCUUUAUGGAGUUCCCAUGUCGACCUGUACCUCCCGUGUCCUGGCAUGUCUGCACGAGAAGUGCGUAAAUUUUGAGCUCGUCCCCGUCAAUCUCGCCGUCGGCGAGCACAAGCAGCCUCCUUUCCUCGCUAAGAAUCCAUUCGGUGUGAUUCCUGUUCUGGAAGACGGAGAUCUAACGCUAUUCGAAUCUAGAGCGAUUACGGCGUACGUGUCAAAGAAGUACAAGGAUCAAGGUGAGGAUCUGCUGAGACUUAAAGGGGGAAACUUCAAGGAAGAAGCCAUGGUAGGGGUAUGGAUCGAAGUGGAAGCACAGCAAUACUCCCCUGCCAUUACACCUAUCAUCUCCGAGCACUUCUUGGCUCCUAUGAGAGGCAGGACACCUGACCAGAAGGUGAUCGAUGAUGGGGUUGAGAAAUUUGGGAAGGUAUUGGAUGUGUACGAGGCAAGGCUAUCGCAGAGCAAGUACUUGGCUGGGGAUUUCUACAGUCUUGCAGAUCUUCAUCAUCUCUCUUAUACCCAUUACUUCAUGAAGUCUCCUUGGGCUUCCAUGAUCAACUCACGUCCUCAUGUUAAGGCCUGGUGGGAAGACAUCUCUUCAAGGCCUGCUUUCCAGAAGGUCUCUCAGGUCAUGACUAUUGAUAACAAGAAAUAAAUGAACAAAUACUAUUAUCACCAUCAUCAUCUUCAUUAGCUAAGUACUAUUAGCUACUAGUUUACUACUCUUAGAAUGAAUCAGAGAAUCCUUUAAUAUAGGAAAUAAGACGUUCAGCAUCUUUGUUCUGUUUUUUUUUUCUGUUCUGGGUAUGAUUAUAAUGAAUAUUACAGAGACAAUAAAUUGGGUUUUUGAGGUGAGA